AUGCAGGCGUCGUUCGGUGAGGAGAUCCCAUUCCAGUCAAAGCUGGGUCUGGACAGGGAGGCCAGCGGCUUCUCGUCGACCAUUACUCGUCGUUUCGUCAUCGCCCCCUCCUUCUCCAUUUACGGAGGCGUUGCUGGUCUGUACGACUAUGGCCCCGUGGGUUGUGCCGUCAAGGCCAACCUGCUUAAUCGCUGGAGGUCGCACUUCAUCAUUGAGGAGGACAUGCUCGAGGUAGACUGCUCUUGCGUCACGCCCGAGGCGGUGCUCGAGGCGUCGGGCCACGUCGCCAAGUUCCAGGAUCUCAUGGUCAAGGAGGAGGGCACCGGUACCUGCUUCCGUGCCGACCAUCUGCUCGAAGAGCACAUGGAGAAGCUUAUGGAGAAGGAAAAGAACGAGGACAAGAAGAAGGAGUAUGCUGCUGUGGUGGCUCGCAUCGAUGACUUCUCGCCUCUCGAGCUCGAGGAGACCAUGGCCAAGUACCGCGUGCUGUCCCCCGAGGGCAAGCCCGUCAGCGCUCCCUUCCCCUUCAACCUCAUGUUCGCCAUCUCGAUCGGCCCCACUGGCAUGUACAAGGGUUUCCUUCGUCCUGAGACCGCGCAGUCGAUCUUCACCAACUUCAAGCGUCUGCUGGAGUUCCAGGGUGGCAAGCUCCCCUUCGCCGCGGCUCAGAUCGGCCGCGCCUUCAGGAAUGAGAUCGCCCCGCGAUCUGGUGUCCUCCGCGUCAGGGAGUUCGAGAUGUGCGAGAUCGAGCACUUCGUCAAGGAGAACGAGAAGAGCCACCCCAAGUUCGUCACGGUCAAGGACAUCAAGCUCCCGCUCUUCCCCCAGGAGCAGCAGCUUGGCAGCGGCAAGCUUCUCUCGUGCACUCUCGGUGAGGCUGUUGAGCACGGCAUCAUCGCCAACGAGACGCUCGGUUACUUCAUCGGUCGCACGUAUCUGUUCCUGACCGAGUCGGGCGUCAAGACCGACAAGAUCAGGUUCAGGCAGCACAUGAAGAACGAGAUGGCGCACUAUGCCUGCGACUGCUGGGACGCCGAGAUGCUCACGUCGUACGGCUGGAUCGAGUGCGUGGGUAUCGCCGACAGGUCGUGCUUCGAUCUCUCGCAGCACUCGAUGAAGAGUAACGAGACGCUCGUUGCCUACGAGCAGUACAAGGACGGCCCGCGUGUCGUCGAGGCCCUCGAAGUGGAGGUGAACAAGGGUCUGGUCGGCAAGGCCCUGCGCGGUGACGCCAAGCUGCUGGCUCCCUACAUCGAAUCGCUCGACGAGGCCGGCAAGAUCGCCCUCAAACAGGAGCUCGAGUCCGGUCAGGCCAAGAUCACCGCCGGCGGCAAGGAGCUCACUCUCACCCCCGAGAUGCUCACCAUCAAGAAGGUCGAGAAGAAGGUGUCUGGCGAGAACUUCUUCCCCCACGUGAUCGAGCCGUCGUUCGGCGUUGGUCGCAUCCUCUACGCCAUCCUCGAGCAGAACUUCUACACCCGCGAGGACAGUGCCGCUGCGGCCGCCGAUGAGAAGGACAAGUCCAAGAAGGGCGACGUGAAGAGGGCCGUCCUUUCGCUGCCGCCCCACCUCGCCCCCGUGCAGUGCUCGGUGCUGCCCCUGCUCGACAAGGACGAGUUCAACGCCAUCAUCCCCCGCAUCGUCUCCUCGCUCAAGGCUGAGCGCCUUUCUACCAAGGUGGACUCCACCGGCCAGGCCAUCGGCCGUCGGUAUGCCCGUACCGAUGAGAUCGGUAUCCCCUUUGGCAUCACCAUCGAUCACCAGACCCUGGAGAACGACACGGUGACGCUGCGCGAGAGGGACACCACGGCGCAGCUGCGUGUGCCCAUCGCAGAGCUGGCCUUGCUCAUCCGCGAUCUGUGCGAGGGCAGGCAGGCCUGGCAGGCGCUCCUCGACUCCAAGAAGUACCCCCACCACCAGUAA